UUUUUAUUCUGCACCUUCAUGAAGGUAAAGUUUCACAUCUGAAUCUCCUGUCUGUGGUUUCAGCCGUGGUCGUGACGAUGAGCAGUAACGAGUGUUUUGGUUGCGGCCGCUCAGGCCACUGGGUGAAGAACUGUCCGAGUGGCGGCCGAGGGCGAGGGAAAGGACGCAGCAGAGGCAAAGACCUGUUCUGUUACCGAUGUGGCGAACUUGGGCACGUGGCCAGAGACUGCGAGCGCACAGAGGACGCCUGCUACAACUGCGGCAGAGGAGGUCACAUCUCCAGAGACUGCAAGGAGCCCAAGAAGGAGCGCGAGCAGCUGUGCUAUAACUGCGGCAAGGCCGGUCACAUGGCGCGCGAUUGUAACCACGCCCACGAGCAAAAGUGCUACUCCUGCGGCAGCUUCGGACACAUCCAGAAGUGCUGUGAGAAGGUCAAGUGCUACAGGUGCGGGGAGAUCGGCCAUGUUGCGGUGCACUGCAGCAAGGCGUCCGAGUUGAACUGCUAUAACUGUGGGAAGUCAGGUCACCUGGCGAAAGAGUGCACCAUUGAAGCCACCCCCUAGCUGGCCUCUGACCCCUGACCCUACGCUCCCAAACCUCUUCUUUUAUUCUCUGUUCGUGCCCUCUGAUCCUCCUCUUGUCAUUGGUCUAGAGGCCUGUUGGUCAGCCUCGUAACAGCCAGUCAGAGCAGACGGAGGGAGGAGGAGGGGGCGGGCUACAAAACCCAUUUGUUCUUCUGUGUUUUAGUUUGGUAGCUGUGUUACGAUGUACAGAGCUUUUUUAGACCUGAGAGAGUGAUGUAUGAAGGCCAAAUUAGGCCCCUCCCCUCUGCCCUUUGGGUGGGGCUAACAGGGCCAUGGAAGUUUGUAUCUUGCCAACUUCAUUUUUGUUUUUGGACCAUAUAAAAUGAUUGUCCCCACCUCCAGCAAUCACCCAAUAAUAUCGCAGGAUGAACGAGCCAAUCAGGACAGGUCGCAGCAGAUGUUUUACAGGUGCGUUUUUGUGCAGGUCGAGGAAUCGUACGCCAAGAAAAAAAGCCGCAGGAAGUCUGGACAAAACCCCCAGAAAAAUCUUAUUUUUGUACAUUUUACCUGUGAGCUGUUGUAAAGGUGUAUGUUCUACCUGACAAUAAAAAGGUAAGAAGGAUGAGGG